CGUUAAUCUUCUCUUUUCCUUUUCCUUUUCCUUUUCCCGUCUCUUUAGGUCCCCCGGCCCCCCCUCCUCCUCUGCAAGAGCCUCUGCUUCCACUGCAAAGUCCACCCCGGCCUCUUCUCCUCACUUCCCCCAUCCCUCCGCCCUCCAGUCCCUCAUCUUUCUAACUCCUCUCUUCUAUCAAUUUAUCUUAUUCUCUCUCUUCUGAAAGAGACAUUAGGAACCAAUGGAUCUGGACUUCAUAGAUUCUCCUCCAGAUGUCCAAAUGGACCUGAUGGCCAUGAUGAUGGAGAUGGAGAAGCUGGCCGACUUCUCGAAACCUCCACAACCAUUGGCCGAGUUUGCGAGUGGUCCCCCGGCAGCUUUCUGCAACGCGCCUAACAACAACACUCCACCCUCGUCGCUACUCGUCGGCGCGCCGUCUUCUGUACCCUGCAGUAACCCCAUUAUUAUGGCGUCGAACACCCUGGCGGCAGGAACCAGCCCCUCCGAGUUGAGCAAGCGGGCGUCCGCGGAGGCGGUGAGGGAGAUGAUGUUCCGCAUAGCCGCGAUGCAGCCCAUCCACAUCGACCCCGAGUCCGUGAAGCCGCCCAAGCGGCGCAACGUCAAGAUAUCCAAGGACCCGCAAAGCGUGGCGGCGAGGCACCGGAGGGAGAGGAUCAGCGAGCGGAUUAGGAUACUGCAGCGGCUUGUCCCUGGAGGGACCAGGAUGGACACUGCCUCCAUGCUCGAUGAGGCCAUCCGCUACAUGAAAUUCCUCAAGGACCAGGUCCAGUCGCUGGAGCUCGCGGCAGCCGCGAACCGGCGGACCCUCGGGAUCGGUACCACCAGUUCGGCGUUUUCCCCGGCUGUCACAGGUUUCUCGAGUGGGAGCUACUUCUGCUUCGACAAGAGGUGCGAGAAACCAGAUCAGGGGUUCAUAUGCCGAUCGACUUGCAAUGGUAUGGAUGGAUAAAAACUGGUAUUUGUGUUAAUGAUAAAUUGCAUGUGGAACGUUGAUGUUUCAAGAGUGCCGAAGGGAGUUAAGUUUGAACUGAAAAUCAGUCUCUCUCUCUCUCUCUGCCUCCUUUUGUCCUUCUUGUUCAACAUACAUAAUGCCUGCUAGUGAGCUUGUUAGAAACAAAUUAAUAUUUGAGCCGCUUA